ACUGGUGUGUGCGCUCAAAGGUGCGUCGAUACUGGUUCGAGGCCCGGAACUAUAAAAAUGUCCCUCUUUUUGGAAAUGAAAGAGUAUGGAGAGGCGGCCUCAUUUCUUCGAAAAACUAACUUGGAACAACUGGCAGCUCAAGCCCAUGCAUUUGACGGCAAAAAGCGUGUGUUUGUCCCCGACGAGAAAGAGGCAUACAUAGAUGUAGAAGUGAAGGAUACGGACGGGGAUAAAGUCACUGUGGAGACCAGGGAUGGAAGGCUGCUGACUGUGAAAGAAGAGGAGAUUCAGCAGAUGAAUCCUCCUAAGUUCGACAUGGUGGAGGACAUGGCCAUGAUGACCCACCUGAACGAGGCCUCCGUCCUCUUCAACCUGCGCCGCCGAUACAGCAACUGGAUGAUCUAUACCUACUCUGGUCUGUUCUGUGUCACAGUGAACCCCUAUAAGUGGCUGCCAGUCUACUCGCCCGCGGUGGUCGCUGCUUACAAGGGCAAGCGCCGCAAUGAGACCCCUCCCCACGUCUACGCCGUUGCAGACAAUUGCUACAAUGACAUGCUACGCAAUCGUGAAAACCAGUCCAUGCUGAUCACCGGAGAGUCCGGUGCGGGCAAAACGGUCAACACGAAACGCGUAAUUCAGUAUUUUGCCAUUGUAGCUGCACUGGGGGAAACAGGAGGAAAGAAAGGAGGUACACUAGAAGACCAGAUCAUCGAGGCCAAUCCUGCCAUGGAGGCGUUUGGCAAUGCUAAAACUGUCAGGAAUGACAACUCCUCCCGCUUUGGCAAGUUCAUCCGAAUUCAUUUUGGUCCAACUGGAAAGCUGGCCUCUGGUGACAUUGACAUUUACCUUCUAGAGAAGUCCAGAGUGAUAUUCCAGCAGCCGGGAGAGAGGAGCUACCACAUCUACUACCAGAUCAUGUCCAACCGCAAACCAGAGCUGCCAGACAUGUUGCUGGUGUCCUCCAACCCUUAUGAUUACCACUACUGCAGCCAGGGAGUCACCACUGUGGACAACUUGGACGAUGGAGACGAACUUAUGGCUACUGAUCAUGCCAUGGACACGCUGGGCUUCACCCCGGAGGAGAAGUACGGCUGCUACAAGAUCGUGGGCGCCAUCAUGCACUUUGGAAACAUGCGCUUCAAGACGCGCCAGAGGGAGGAACAGGCGGAGGCCGACGGCACAGAGAGUGCUGAUAAAGCGUCAUAUCUGAUGGGCAUCAGCUCUGCAGACCUGAUCAAGGGCCUCCUCAACCCCAGGGUGAAGGUGGGGAAUGAAUACAUCGUCAAGGGCCAAACUGUGGACCAGGUGUACUAUGCUGUGGGUGCCUUAGCGAAGGCCAUUUAUGACCGCAUGUUCAAGUGGAUUGUGGACCGCAUAAACAAGACUCUGUACACAGCUGUUCCUCGCCAAUUCUUCAUCGGUGUACUGGACAUUGCAGGAUUUGAAAUCUUUGAGUUCAACAACUUUGAGCAGCUGUGCAUCAACUUCACCAACGAGAAGCUGCAGCAGUUCUUCAACCACCACAUGUUCAUCCUGGAGCAGGAGGAGUAUAAGAGGGAGGGAAUCGAGUGGACCUUCAUUGACUUUGGAUUAGAUCUGCAGUCUUGCAUUGACCUGAUCGAGAAGCCUAUGGGUAUAUUAUCCAUUAUGGAGGAGGAAUGCAUGUUCCCCAAGUCAACAGAGAUCAGCUUUAAGGCGAAGCUUUAUGACAAUCACCAUGGCAAGUCACCCAACUUUCUGAAGCCAAAGCCUGACAAGAACCGCAAAUACGAGACUCACUUUGAGCUGGUCCACUAUGCUGGAGUGGUGCCAUACAACAUCACAGGCUGGCUUGACAAGAACAGGGAUCCUCUGAACGAGACGGUUGUGCAGUGUUUCCAGAAGGCCUCCAACAAGUUAAUGGGCAGCCUUUUCGAGAACUUCAUCGGGGCUGAUUCGGCUGGUGAGCUGAAAACUAAAGAGAAAAGGAGGAAAGGAGCUUCCUUCCAAACAGUCUCACAGUUGCACAAGGAGAACUUGAAUAAACUUAUGGCCAAUUUGAGGAGCACUCAGCCUCACUUUGUGCGUUGCAUCAUUCCAAAUGAAACCAAGACUCCAGGGGCAAUGGAGCCAUUCUUGGUUCUACACCAGCUGCGUUGUAACGGUGUGCUGGAGGGCAUAAGAAUAUGCAGGAAGGGAUUUCCCAACCGCAUUCUCUACGCCGAGUUCAAACAACGCUACCGUAUCCUGAACCCUCUGGCCAUCCCGGAGGACACCUUUGUGGACAGCAAGAAGGCAGCAGAGAAACUCCUCGGCUCCCUCGACAUUGACCACUCACAGUACAAAUUUGGUCACACCAAGGUGUUCUUCAAGGCUGGUCUCCUGGGAGAGCUGGAGGACAUGAGAGACGAGCGUCUGGCGAAGAUCAUCACCAUGAUCCAGGCCAUGUGCCGCGGCAAGAUCAUGAGGGUGCAGCGCAAGAAGUUCCUGGUGGAGAGAGAGGCCAUCAUGGUGAUCCAGUGGAACAUCCGAGCCUUCUACACGGUGAAGAACUGGCCGUGGAUGACGCUCUUCUUCAAGAUCAAGCCCCUGCUGAAGAGCGCCGCCACGGAGAAGGAGCUGGCGGCCCUCAAGGAGGAGUUCCAGAAGCUGAAGGAGGCCUACGAGCGCUCCGAGGCCAAGAGGAAGGAGCUGGAGGAGCGGCAGGUCUCCCUUGUGCAGGAGAAGAACGACCUCGCCCUGCAGAUACAGGCCGAGCAAGACAACUUGGCCGACGCGGAGGACCGCUGCAACCUGCUGAUCAAGGCCAAGCUGCACUUCGAGAGCAAGGUGAAGGAGCUGAUGGAGCGUCUGGAGGACGAGGAGGAGGUGAGCGCCAGCAUCCUCACCAAGAAGCGCAAGCUGGAGGACGAGUGCGCCGAGCUGAGGAAGGACAUCGACGACCUGGAGAUCACUCUGGCCAAGGUGGAGAAGGAGAAGCACGCCACAGAGAACAAGGUGAAGAACCUGACGGAGGAGAUGGCCGUCCUGGACGAGUCCAUCAGCAAGCUGUCCAAUGAGAAGAAGGCGUUCCAGGAGGCCCACCAGCAGGCUCUGGAGGACCUGCAGGCCGAGGAGGACAAGGUCAACAUGCUGAGCAAGGCCAAGAUCAAGCUGGAGCAGCAGGUGGAUGACUUGGAGGGGACCCUGGAGCAGGAGAGGAAGGUGCGCAUGGACCUGGAGAGGGUGAGGAGGAAGCUGGAGGGGGAUCUGAAGAUCGCUCUGGAGUCGGCUACAGACCUGGAGAACGACAAACAGCAGAUGGAGGAGAAGCUGAAAAAGAAAGAUUUUGAAAUGGCACAGAUGGGCUCGAAGUUGGAGGAUGAGCAAUCCAUGAUCAUUGCACUACAAAAGAAGAUCAAAGAGCUGCAGGCGCGCAUUGAGCAGCUGGAGGAGGAGUUUGACGCGGAGCGAGCUGCGCGCUCCAAGGCGGACAAGCAGCGCAGCGAGCUGUCGCAGGAGCUGGAGGAGCUGAGCGAGCGUCUGGAGGAGGCCGGCGGCGCCACGGCCGCACAGAUUGAGAUGAACAAGAAGCGUGAGUCCGACUUCCUGCGCAUGCGGCGCGACCUGGAGGAGGCCUCGCUACACCACGAGGCCACCACCGCCAUGCUGCGCAAGAAGCACGCCGACAGCGUCCUGGAGCUGGGAGAGCAGCUGGACAACCUGCAGCGCGUCAAGCAGAAGCUGGAGAAGGAGAAGGCGGAGUACCGCAUGGAGGCCGAAGACCUGGCCUCCAACCUGGAGCACAUGUCCAAGGCCAAGACAGCCAUUGAGAAGAUGUGCCGGCUUUGUGAGGACCAGCUGAAUGAGGCCAAGGCCAAAAUUGAUGAAAUGCAAAGGCAUCUGAUGGACACCACAUCCCAGAAAGCCAGAGCUCAGACUGAAUGUGCUGAGGUGUCUCGCAGACUGGAGGAGCGGGAGGUGCUGGUUAUGCAGCUGCAGCGCACCAAGCUGAACUUCUGCCACACCGUGGAGGAGCUGAAGAAACAUGGGGAAGAGGAGACCAAGGCGAAGAACGCCCUGGCCCAUGCGCUGCAGGCGUCGCGUCAUGACUGCGACCUGAUGCGGGAGCAGCUAGAGGAGGAACAGGAGGCCAAGUCGGAGCUGCAACGCGCCCUCUCCAAGGCCAACGCUGAGGUGGCCCAGUGGAGGACCAAGUACGAGACAGACGCCAUCCAGAGGACGGAGGAGCUGGAGGAGGCCAAGAAGAAGCUGGCAGCUCGCCUCCAGACGACUGAGGAGGCGGUGGAGGCCUCUAAUGCCCGUAACGCCUCCCUGGAGAAGACCAAGCACCGUCUGGAGAUCGAGAUCGAGGACCUCAUGGUGGACCUGGAGCGCUCCAACGCCGUGGCCGCCGCCCUGGAUAAGAAACAACGCAACUUCGACAAGGUGCUGUGUGAGUGGAAGCAGAAGUACGACGAGUCCCACGGGGAGUUGGAGUCGUCCCAGAGGGAGGCGCGCAGCCUCAGCACAGAGCUCUUCAAGCUGAAGAACUCCUAUGAAGAGGCGCUGGACCACCUGGAGACCGUCAAGAGGGAGAACAAGAACCUGCAGGAGGAGAUUACGGACCUCACUGACCAGAUCAGUCAGGGUGGGAAGGCCAUCCACGAGCUGGAGAAGUUGAAGAAGAUGCUGGACGUGGAAAAGAGCGACAUCCAGGCAGCCCUGGAGGAAGUGGAGGGUUCCCUGGAACAUGAGGAGAGUAAGACACUUCGAAUGCAGUUUGAGAUGACCCAGUUCAAGACCGAGUUUGAACGAAAGCUGACUGAGAGAGAUGAAGAGAUUGAGAACCUUCGCCGCACCCACCAGCGCACCCUGGAGUCCAUGCAGCUGACGCUGGACGCAGAGCUGCGCGCCCGCAACGAGGCCCUGCGGCUGAAGAAGAAGAUGGAGGGCGACCUGAACGAGAUGGAGGUGCAGCUGGGCCACGCCAACCGCCACGCCGCCGAGUCCCAGAAGGUGGUGCACCAUCUACAGACCCAAAUCAAGGAGCUGCAUAUAGAGCUGGACUCCACCUUCCACCGGUGUGAGGAGCUGAAGGAGCAGAAUGCGCUGGUGGAGCGUCGCAGCACCCUGCUGGCGGCCGAGAUCGAGGAGUUGAGAGCCGCCCUGGAGCAGACAGACCGCGGACGCCGCCUGGCCGAGCAGGAGCUCGUGGAGACCUCCGAGAGGGUCAACCUGCUGCACACCCAGAACACAUCCAUAGUGAAUCAGAAGAAGAAGAUGGAGGCUGACCUGACGGUGAUGGUAGGCGAGGUGGACGAGGCCGUACAGGAAUGCAAAAAUGCAGAAGAGAAGGCCAGGAAAGCCAUCACAGAUGCGGCCAUGAUGGCUGAGGAGCUGAAGAAGGAGCAGGACACCAGCGCUCACCUGGAGAGGAUGAAGAAGAACAUGGAGCUGACCGUCAAGGACUUGCAGAUCCGCCUGGACGAGUCCGAGCAGCUGGCCCUCAAGGGCGGCAAGAAACAGAUGCAGAAGAUGGAGUCCAGGAUGCGAGAGCUGGAGAGUGAGCUGGAGGUGGAACAGAGGAAGUCUUCAGAGUUCCAGAAGGGCAUUCGGAAGUACGAGAGGAGGGUCAAGGAGCUCACUCACCAGACAGAGGAGGACAGGAAGACUCUGCUGCGGAUGCAGGACCUGAUUGAGAAGCUCCAAACCAAAGUCAAGUCCUACAAGAGGCAGGCUGUGGAGGCCGAGGAGACGAUGAGCAGCAACAUGACGAGGUUCAGGAAGAUCCAGCACGAGCUGGAUGACGCUGAGGAGAGGGCAGACAUAGCCGAGACCCAGGUCAACAAGCUCCGCGUGCGCACCAAGGAACAGGUGGUGGUCAAGACUGUGAUCACAGAGUAAACAAGAGGGAUGCGAGCUGACAGCUGACGCCUCCGGCCAGCGCCACAGUGAUGUAACAAGCCAUUAAAUGCAUCAAGAGAAACAACCAGUGCCUCUUGAUCUUCUGCCAGCUUAAAAAUGUUCUACUUACUAUGACUAAGACGUGUUGAGUUUACUUGUCAAUGCAUAGACUGUUGCCAUUGCUGAAAAUGAAUGAAUGAGUGACUGAAAAAAAAUGUCAGCAAAGUCAACAGCCUAAUGUAGAGAGAGAGGGGGUGUCACAGUGAGAGGUUGGUGACACUGAGGAAUUUUCAAACCCAGUGCUGCCUUCACAUGGACUUCCAGCCUCGUGUUUAUUCAAAUUAAAAGUAGCUAUAAAAAGUUCUUUCACCUGCAGUCAAGAGAUGUGGACUGCAGUCAGAAAUGAAACUUAAUGCAUGUCAGCCACCGAGCUGCUUAAAGAAAUCUUAGUAGAGAGAAUAAAAUGAAACCAGCGUGUGUAAUUUUUGUUGUGAUUUUGACAACAGCACAUGGAUCAUCGGGGAGAAGGGAUACAAGAAACUGUACCUGUACGAACCAGUGUUGAGAAGUAACCUGCUAGGAUGCCUAUAAUGCGGAGUUAAAACAAAAAACAUUACCCUCUUGUCCUAGCUGUUCAUGAACUGUGAUAUCCAUUAAAUAUAUUUAAUGAUCACCUGA